AUGCCUCCGCGCAAGGCAGCGCGUGGUGCUUCGUCCGGCAACGAGGAGCUCACCUCCCGCCAUGCGCCUCAAAAUGGCCCAGCGAAGCGCUCUCGCACUGCCAACACUCAAAAGGAAACAACCAACGCGACAACCGCCACAGCCCGCACCAGGCGGGCGCCGCCACCACCACCGGCAGUCAUCAACCAGGCACCAAGUACAAAGCUGGACGUCUUUGUCUUUGGCGAGGGCAGCUUUGGGGAACUAGGCCUCGGCAACUCCCGGUACGGCCCCGACAACAAGCUCAAGCCAGUCAACGUCAAAAGGCCGCGGAUCAACCACUUGCUGCAGGGCCGGGGAGUGGUCCUCCUGGCCUGCGGCGGGAUGCAUGUCAUCGCGCUCACGCACGACAACCGGAUCCUGACCUGGGGAGUGAACGACCAUGGGGCCCUGGGCCGGGACACGUUUUGGUCUGGCGGCACGCGGGAUAUAGACGCCGAGGAUGAUAAUCAGAAUGACGACGACGAGAGUUUCAAGAACAUCAACCCGCUCGAAAGCACGCCCGGGGAGAUUUCUUACGGCGCCAUCCCGGACGGCACAACCUUCACGCAAGUCGCUGCGAGCAGCUCGGCCUCCUUUGUAGUCACAGCCACAGGCGACGUCUACGGCUGGGGCACGUUUCGCGGCGAUGACGGGGUGAUCGGCUUCCUGUCCCCUGGGAACAACCAACAGAACACGCCCGUCAAGAUACCCGUCAAGGGCAUCAUGAACCUGUCGUGUGGCUCGAACCACGUCCUCGCGCUGGACAAGGACGGCAAGGUAUGGACCUGGGGCGCCCCCGGGCAGGGACAGCUGGGCCGGCGAAUCACCACGCGCGGCAAAGACAAGGGCGCCAGGACCGGACUGAAGCCCGAGGUCUGUUUCCGGUUCUCGCGCCCCGAGUGCGCGGCCAUCAAUAUCGCAACGGGGUCGUACCACAGCUUCUACAUCGAUGCCUCGGGGCAGGUGUACGGCUGGGGCCUCAACAACUACUGCCAGGCCGGGCAGAGGGAGGUUGGCGAAGGGUUCACGACCAUCACGACGCCCAAGUUGGUCGAGCGGCUGGCGCACCAUUCCAUGGCGUGGCUUGCCGGGGGAGAGCAUCACACUGUGGUGUGUACGCAGGACGGCGUGUUGCUGUCGUGGGGCCGCUGUGACGGAGGCCAGACGGGCCGGUCCGAUUUGGGGAUGAGCAUGAGCUACAUUAUCCACGACGAGCAUGGGCGGCCAAAGGCCACAUAUCAGCCACAAGUACUCGAUAUUCCUCACUGUGAGUUCGUUGCCGCCGGCACGGACACGAGCUUUGCGAUAGACGCCUGGCGCCACGUCUACUCGUGGGGAUUUUCGGCGAACUACCAGACCGGCCUCGGCACGGACGAGGACGUGAGGGAGCCCGAGCGUAUCGCCAACUCGGCGAUCCGGGAUCGGGAGAUCAUCUGGGUGGGCGCUGGUGGACAGUACGGGAUUGUGGCCGCGGCGGUCCAGGAAAAGUAG